AUGAUACGAAAGCCGAAUUCAAUAAUUGUUUUAUUAUUCAUUCAAAAUAAUUCCUAGUUUAAAAACAAAGCUAAAACAUGCUUACCUCCAUCGAUGUUAAGUUCACCUUCGAUAGUACACGUUUAGGUUUGUUCAGCUCCGCAAGUAUUCUCCAAAUAGCAGAUGUCGCCCUUCGAGUUGUGUUCUUGCUGUUCUUGCCAUGUUUUUAGCUAUAAUUUGGCCUAGUUCUUACUCUUGAAACGAGUGAAUGUCCGCCAUUUUUUGUUUUCACAACCAAAACAACUCAACCUUGUCCACCGGUCUUCUCGGUUAACAGUGCAUUAACCUGCAAGAAAGCUGCAUUUUUGACGUCAUUUCCCCGUUAAACACAAAAUUCUUCCAAAUUUGGUCAUCAGUAAAUGUUUAUGGUGAAUUAUGCGUGUGCUUUUAGCCAAUCAGAAUCGGGGAAAUAUUUUGAAUGAAUAAUAAUCUAUUUUAUGUCUAAUAGGAGAGAAACCUUGAAGAGUUAGUAGUCAACCUUGAGAGCUAAGUUUCACAAAAUUUGUUAGUAUCGAUGUGAUUGGAAUUUAUGCGUGAGCCUCAAUGUAUGAUAUAACACUGGUCUCUGGACAAACGCUUAAACCAUAUUUGAAAUUAACUGCUUUUAGACACAUUUUACACUUUCAACACACCAGCUCCUAACGAACGCUUUUCAACUGUUUAUUUGUUUAUUUCUUCAGACAGGAAGCUCAGAACCAGCCUUAUACUUGUCCUGCAGAUAGGAAAGGCCUGGACCGAGACCGGGUAAAUCCCUUUCAUUUACCUUGUAACCUCUUUGUUUAUUGCGUUUUGGUCUUGUCUAUUAUUCAUUUAUUUAUUUAUUCAUUUAAGGCUUGAACGCAAAAUGAAGCAUACAGGGUAAAAAACAAUGUGAAACGAGCUGCUAUCAAGUGAUAAAACACGAUAUCUUUUAGCUUUUAGAACAAGACAGUCGCAUCCACCCACUGAUAUUUUUUUAUCCAUGGUGAAAUGUGAGAUUUAUCUCAAGUACUAAUAACUGCCUUCAUCAUCAUCACCAUCAUCAUCAAGACAGUUCAAAGAGGCACCUAUUUACAGAGGAUUUUUAAACCCCUCUCUGUUUACACGUUUUCCACAGUUCCCAUAAUCCUUUUCUUAAACACUUAAAGAUUCAUAUUGGAUUGAUCAUGAGCACUACGUUUAAUAUUCUUUCUAAUUGAACUGUAGGAUGUAUUUCCUGACAACGCAACAGGGAGGAAAAUUUUGUCAGUGGUGAUCAAAUGCCCAAGUGACGGUUGUUCUUGGACUGGUGAGCUGAGAGACAAAGAGGUAAAACUGGCUAAAACAAAAAUUAUAUCCAAGGCGCGGUGGAUAACAUGA